AUGGAUUUUGAACAUUACAACACUAUUGUAGAGUUACGUCCUCAUCCUACAACUCCUUCAACAACUACACCAACAAAGUAUAACACAUCCGACAACAACAACAACAACAACACUCAACAACAACAACAACAAUCAGUUGCUGAUAAGAAACAUUCAAAAAUAUCAUCUACAAUAUCAUCAGAUGGAAAAUGGUGUUGGUACCAUCAUGAGAACCAACUAUUCUUAUAUGAUUCAACUACAGGUCGUCGUCUAACAACUUGGUGUUUUGUUGAAAGUAACAAAGAGUUAAAUAUACUUACAGUUACAGAAUUAAAUAUAUUUAAUAGAAUCUAUUUACUAUGUGCUGUUGGUGUAAGUCAUAGUCAAAGUCAUUUAAAGAUAUUGGAUGUUCAACAUGCGAUGACUAUUAGAACCAUCACACUCCCAUUUGCAGUGUCAUUUAUUAGACAAUUGGUAUCGGCUGACCCUAUAUCAAGCGAUGAUUGCAUUGGAAGAUUUAAAUGCCCAGUUGUUAUCGGUGCAAAGGGAGGUCAAUCUUUGAUCGUUGACAUUGAUUUCAAUCCAAGAGACUUGUCAUUGGCAUCGAUCAAUCGUCAAUACUCUAUCAAGGCAGUAGAUGUAAAGACCUACAAUGGUAAAACAUUUUGGGAAGGAAACAAAUCAUCUCUUUAUCCAUGUGUUUUAAUUGGUUCUGGUGAUGGUGGUGCUGCCAAUAAUAAUAAUAACAAUCAAAGUCAAUCAAAUAACAAUAACAACAAUAAUAAUAAUAAUAAUAUUUCCUCAUUGCCAUCAACUGAUAACCAUAGAUUUGAUUAUCCAUACAUUGUAGAGACAGACUAUGUAUUACACAAUCGUCAAGAUAUAAAGUCUCAAAUCAAGUAUAUUAAGCUUUCUGGCUCGGGUAUCUAUGUUACUGCCAUUACCUAUAUUCCUUCUAUUCAAGCAUUGGCUAUUGGUUACAAUAUGGGUUGUUUCCAACUCUUUUCAACUCACAAUGGUACUCUUAAUCUCGUCUAUAGCUCCCCAUACAAAGAGUUUGAACAUCGUUUCCCAGUUACUCACUUUCUUUUCCAAGAGUUGGAAGAUGAUAUGGAUUCUUCAAGUUCAUAUCUUUGGGUUGGUAGAGGUAAUUUGAUAAGUAAUAAUUGUCAAGUAUCUAUAAUUUUGUAUAAAUUAGAUUUUAUUAAAUCAUCUACUUCAUCAAUGUCGGUCAUAAAAAGUAUUGAUAUUUUACAAUCUAUCGAGAAUCAACAAUUAAAUAUUACCUCUUCAUUUAUUGGUACUAUUUUCAAGAUGGAUUACUUUUUUAAACAAAACGAAUUGGUUGAUAAUACACCAAAAUCAAAAUCUAUAUUUAUUUAUCAAACUCAAGAUCAACAGGGAUAUCAACGUUUAGAAGUAAAGAUUUUUGAUUUAUCAAGGUUUGAAAAGUUUGGAAAGGAAACUGGUAAUCCUUCAAAAUGGCUUUACCAAGUUCAAUUAAAUAAUAAUAUUCAAAAUAAUGUCAUGAAUUGUUGGAUUGAUAAAUAUAGUAUUUCAAGAAAUAUUUAUAAUCCAUUUGAAGAUGAAAUGGAUGCACCAUUGUCACUUUCACAUCCAUCAUUUGAUUUAUAUUUAUUACAAGAGGAUUCAGUUAAAAAAGUUCAUUAUCUCAAUCCUCAGGAACAUGCAGUCGAUGCAAUGGCCAAAAAUGGUACUUUGACAUUUAGUAAUCCACAACCACUCUUUUCAAAGUUUAUCGAACACAAGAUAUUUAGUUUCCCACGAUCAGAACCAGCUCUACAAACAAAUGAUUUCAUUUUAUUUGCUUUAGAUAAUAAUAUGUUUUCUUUAAUUAUUGAUUAUAUUACAAAUAGUACAGUUACAAUUGAUUUUAAUGGAAAAGAAAAGAUUAAUUACUUUUUAACAAAUCCAAAGAUGGUAUUGGAUAUAACAUGGGAAUUUUUCGAAAAUUUAGAAUCAAGUAUCAAUGUUGCCGAUAUUUUCUCGGUUGGUCAAGGAGAAAAGGCCACGAGAGAAAAGUUACAAGAUAGAUUGGAAAUGGUCUAUGUCAAGAUGAUGGAUACUUUUAGCAUUGUCGAUAGUCUAUGUGAAAGAUAUAAAACCGAGAAUAAUACAAACGAAAUUACAUCGAAUCUUGAAAGAAUGUACAAAACCAUCUUACAAUCUACUCAACACCUCGAAGUAUUAAAGUGGGCAUUGACCAAUGACCUUCUCACUGCACCAGUACAAGCUCAAAUUGAUAAGGUUUCGGCAUUGGUAUCUCUCAAACGUUCCAAUAACAAACAACUCCUUUCAACUUUGGGUCAAGAACAAGAAAACAGUCCAUUAUUUAUUGAUAUUCUAUUCAAAAGAAUUUCAAAACACGAUACCUAUCCUCCAUCCUCAACCAUUGAAUUUAAAAAGUUUUUGGAUCUUUUCAAAUCUUCAAACAAGUUUACUAAAUUGGUUCAAAUAUUAUUUUAUUUAUUAUUAGAUUUGGAUACAAUUGAAAGAUUACCAUCAAAUUUAUUAUCAUCACUUCAAAAUACUUUUUGUAUAUCUCCAGAUGAUAUUUCAUUUAUCCAAGGUAUUUGGGGAUUAGAUUCUGCAAACUUGUAUGAAGAUAUUCAAUUAUCAAUGAAUGAUUCUUAUCGUGAAUUAAAUUCUAGCACAAAAUCAAAGAAAUAUGGAUAUGAAAUAUUAUCAAGAUUCUAUGCAAAUGGUUCACACAUGAAUGCAUUGUUUUUUAUGAAAUCAAUUGGAUUUGAUCCAAAGGAUAUCCAACAAGCUACUUUGGCAAUGAAGAUCCUUCUCUCAAAUGAUUCUUCGGCAUCAUUAAUGGAAGCUAUUAUUUUUGAAAGAAACUUUAGAAAGAAAUUUAAUACCUUGGAGUUGGAUUCAAUUGAAAAGUUAUUAUAUCUUUUAUUUGAUUUUUGUACUAAAAAAAAAAAAUUAGAUAAAUUAAUGGAGAUGCCAUUGGAUGAUAUUGAAGAUCAAUGUUUUGUUCAUUAUUUGUAUGGUAUUAAUGCAUCUAAAUUGGUUCCAAUCUAUAUGAUUCGUAGAGGUAGAAUUGUUGAAGGUUGUAAUGUUCAAAGAAAAUUACAACGCACAGAUAUUUUACAAUCAGCCACCUCUUCAUCAUCAUCGUCAUCUUCCCAAUUGUCACCAUCGGAUCAACUUUAUUCAAUGUUUAUGGAUAAUUUCUCUUCGUCUAUUCCAUCGUUGCAAAAGAAUGCAAUCACUCAAGAGGUUCCAAAAUCUGACAACUUUUACGAUUUUGAUAUUCCAGAUGAACCAUUGUCGAUUCGCGGUGCCAAUUCCAAUACAAAUGAAUGCAACGUACCAUCAUUUGGAUACCAACCAUUCAUUAGAGACCAUCCAGUACCCAAGCUCUACAAUGACAGCGACGAUCUAAAGGCUCAAGGUGAUGUUGGAAACUUUAAAGGAUUCACAAAGAUUGACAGAGCAGCUCACAUUGAACCAUUCAAUGCAGAGGCAUUUGCUCAACAACACGAUGAUGCUUUCCUCAAGGGUAAAGAUAUUAUUCUAGACUCUUCGACAAUGACCGACGACCAUACUAUGCAUGAUGACGAUGAUAGUGACAAUGGUGAUGAUGAUGAUGAUCAAGACUUUGAAUUCUCACAAUCACAAGAGACUCAAACACCAAAGCCAGUCUUGUUAAAGUCUGCCCUCAAGAAUGCACAAUCACCUUCGAGUAAACGUAGAGUCCAAAUUCAAGAGUCUAAAAACAUCAUGUAUCCUAUCGAAUCAAAGGAAGAUGUUAUUGCCUCAACAGACGAAGAUACCGACGAUGAAGAUGACUACAAUGAUGACGAUGACGAACGAUUCGAUGAUGCCGAUGAAGACCAAGACGAAAAUCUAAAUUAUUAUCAAACUCAACAACAUGUUGAUCAUGAUGAUGAUGAUGACGAUGAAAUGGCAGAAGAAGAUUCAUUGUAUGGAAAGAAUAGUAGCAGUCUUUCCAAUAUUAAAAGUACCAUUAGAUCAAUGAUGAGAGAUGUAAAUCAACAACACCAAGACGAUGAUGAUGAACUUCGUGAUUCUCGAAUCUAUCAAGGUAUGGAAUUUGAACAAGAUAUUGGAAUGGGUGAAGAUGAAUUUGAAGAAGUAGAAGAACUUGAUGAAGAUGGAGAGGAAGACAAUUACCCAUCAACACAGCAAUAUCUCACCAAGAAUAGAAGUAGAAUCAGAGAAUUGGAUGAUAACGACCAAGAAGUUGAAGAGGAGGAAGAAGAUGAUGAAACUAUUCUUGCAGGUAUGAAGAAAACUGGUUACAUUUAUCAAUCAGAUGAAGAAGAUUAUGAUUUUGGUGAAGAUUCACUCGAUGAAUAUGACCUCGACGAUGGCUACCAAAUUAGACAACAUGUACCAAUGCCAAUGGAUGGAGGCACUCAAGAUGAUCCUUUUGAAAUUUUGAGCUCUGACGAAGAGCAAGAAAAGGAACAACCCCCACCCAAGCCAAAGGCAUCUAAACACCAAGCCACCUCUAAAUACUCUUAUGACAACGAUCAAGAUGAAGACCUCUCAUCUGAUUACUCAACCAGCACUAGUUCAGGAUCUCCAAAGCAACCAUUCGUCUCUGAACUCCCAUCUUCAUCUCCUCGUCAAGCCCAACAACAAGAUGAUGAACAAGAACAAGAACAAGAAGAAGAAGAAGAAGAAGAGGAAAAAGAGUUCAACCCAUUUGUACAAGAAAUAAUCGAGACCACCUCUAGCAAGGACAAUCAAUCAUUUGACGAGUUUAUGCAAGAGAAUCAAAUUUCCUUUGAUGACAUUGCAACAAAAGAUUCUCCCAUCUCCUCUCAACCAAUCCAAAAUAUUUUAGAAACCCAAGCUUCUUCUAGUACUAUAGAUGAAGAAGAAGAAAAAGAAAAAGAGGAAGUAGAGGAAGUAGAGGAUGAAAUAAUUGAAGAGGAUGAUGUUGAUCAAGAAAUUAAAGAGGAAAUGGAACAAGAAAAACCUUUGGAAGAGAUCAUCGAUGAAGAGAUUAUUGAAGAGGCAGCUCAAGAAGAAGACAUGCAAGAAGAGGAACAAGAUGAAAUUGAAGCUGAGGAAGAACAAGAAAUUUUAGAUCGAAUUGCUCAAGAGGAGCAGGAGGAGGAAGAAGAAGUACAAGAAACCAAAGAAGUAGAAGAACAAGAAGAAGAAGAGGAGGAGAAAAGUGAAGAUGAUGAAGUUACGAAACCAUUGGCGAGAAGAGCAAGUAGAAAAGCUAGAGAACAACUAAGUACCAUUUCUUCUGCAACCAAGAAAAAGAAAUCAAAAUCAGCAGCAAAACCAUCAACUACGGACAAGAACAAAAAAAAGGAUAAGAAAAAGAAAAAACUAGUGACAAAUAAUAAUAAUAAUAAUAAUAAAUAA